GAGACAAGUACUGAAGUAACAUGAAACAUGCCUUUUUGUUUGCUAUGCGAGAGGCUCGUAAUUCCAGGACCCGUGGACCAAACGGGUUGCACAUCCUGAAAUAACCUCUCGACUCGCUAUCCUGGCUGUUAGCUGCCGAUAUAAUAACAAAGCUGGUCGUUAGUAAUCAGCGGAAGUGAAAUUGAGGGAGCCUUUGAAAAGAACACUAAAAAUAACCACCUGUUAUCUGAAAACUACGUUUAAAUGUGAUUUCUCAGGGUUGGUACCUCGUCAGGCUAUGGUGUCGAUGUUGUUAGCAACAUGUAGCUGGUCCAUUUAGCACGGUGUCACCACCGAAAGUUUCCCUUCUAAAAUUAGUUAUGCAAACAACAAUAUGCCUCCAGAAUCUCUCUUUAAAUGUAAGCAGUUGAAAUAAUGCACAUGUUGGGCGACAUUGUGUGGUGACGCCGAAGAGCUUUCACAAGAGGAAUUAACACCGCUUUCUUAGCUGUUUAUCUUGGAAUUAAACUUGUUCUUUGAAAGGAUUUCCCAUGGACUUACUUGGAUGUGGAAUUGGUUUGCUCAACAUCACAGUUCAGAACCGAAUAUUUAACAAGUUGUUAUAAUGGCAGUUUGCACGAUGUUUGUGACACAAAAUGGAAUGAAUGGGAUCUGUGCCAAAGGAACUGGGAGUUUUUUUCUCAGCAGCGUGAACAGCCUAGCUGUAUGAUUUAGUCAAAUCUUCCCAUGCUUGUGUGUGGUUGGUCGGCUGAUUGCUUGCGCUCAGUUGUUUUCAACAGCAGAUGGAGAGGAAGCGCUACCGAUCACUGGAAUCCGAAACACACGGACUGCCGGGCGUAACGGAGCAAGAUUUGUGAACGGAACACUUUGUGCACGUUGUAUUUGCGCCGCAUCUGACUCCUUUUGAAUCGUGGCGAUGCUUCCCAAAUGAGUUCAGCACGCUUGGCUGGUAAAUUCCCAGUAAUCUCAUUCAGACAAUCACUUUAUGGCCUAAUUUGACUCUGAAGAGAGCGGGAAAGGAGAGUCUUUUUGUGGUGAAGGAAGAUGUAACAUCGGAAAAACGGAAAUCUGACAAAAAAAAACCUAAAAAUGCUUGUCCUCGUGUUGGAGUGACUCAGUAACGGGCUCUGAUUGUUGCCGCAAUCCAUGCACAAGAUUAGCGGCUGGCUAUUAGCCAAGUCUGCGUUCCCAUUAACACUGAUCAUUCCGAGGUGCUACCAAAUAGGGAUGGACCCGGCAGCUAUACUGGUGAAUGAAUUCUCGCAACGUCCGAUCGCAUGUGUCUCAGCCAUUCAGAGGAGAAAAACAACCCUGCUGAGGUGACCUAUUACAGUACAAGCGUUAGAGCAUUUCGGAGCCAACUCCAGGCAGAAAAAAAAGACUCGGAUUUAUGCAGCACGAACUCUUUAAGAGAACUAGACACCUCGCGGAAAUGAGAAAUGAAGUCCAUUAGCUUUGGCUGUAUGGGAAUAAAAUAAUUAAUUUGCCUGUCGGUCCGCUGCUGAUGCGAGAGGCCGGUCAACAAACAAACAGUUCACAUUCAGUUCACACGUGUUUGCAAAUUGAUAUGAACUGGGGGAUUUGAAUUUGUAUCAUGGAUGAUUCGAGUAUUUUGAGGAGGAGAGGACUGCAGAAAGAAUUAAGUUUGCCAAGAAAAGGAAGUUUUUGCCGUACAAAUAACCGGAAGAGCCUAAUUGUGACUUCGAGCACCUCGCCAACUCUGCCGCGUCCGCAUUCACCGCUGCCAGGGCACACAGGUAGCAGCCCUCUCGACAGUCCAAGGAAUUUUUCUCCCAAUGCAGCAGCUCAUUUUUCAUUCAUACCAGCAAGAAGCCAUGGUCACAGAGCUGACAGGACUGAUGGACGCCGAUGGUCCUUGGCCUCUUUGCCAUCUUCUGGAUAUGGAACCAAUACACCCAGUUCCACUGUCUCUUCAUCCUGCUCGUCACAGGAGAAACUUCACCAGCUGCCCUAUCAGCCAACGGCCGAUGAACUGCAUUUUCUCAGCAAGCACUUCAGCACAGAGAGCAUCACAGAUGAUGAUGGACGACAAUCUCCUGCCAUGCGUCCUCGAUCACGUAGCCUCAGUCCCGGGAGAUCCCCUUGUUUCUAUGAUAAUGAAAUAGUAAUGAUGAACCAUGUGUACAAAGAAAGAUUUCCCAAGGCCACGGCUCAAAUGGAAGAGAAUCUCCAGGAGUUUAUCAAAUCGAGUGCUCCUGAAAAUGUGCUGCCAUUAGCUGAUGGGGUUCUCAGCUUUAUCCACCACCAGGUUAUUGAGCUGGCUAGGGACUGCCUGGCAAAAUCUCGAGAUGGGCUCAUCUCUUCCAGAUAUUUCUUCGAGCUGCAAGAGAACUUGGAGAAGCUACUGCAAGAUGCUCAUGAACGGUCGGAGAGUUCAGAGGUGAUGUUUGUGACCCAGCUGGUGAAGAGGUUGAUGAUUAUUAUUGCCCGGCCAGCCCGACUGCUUGAGUGUCUGGAGUUUGAUCCUGAAGAAUUUUAUCAUUUAUUGGAAGCAGCUGAAGGCCAUGCCAAAGAAGGACAAGGAAUCAAAUGUGAUAUUCCACGCUAUAUCAUCAGUCAACUGGGGCUCACCAGGGAUCCGUUGGAGGAAAUGGCCCAGUUAACCAGCUUUGACAGUGGCAGUACAGAAAAUGAAGAUUCUUUGGAUGGUCGUGGUGCUACAUUUAACACAAAGAAAACCCCGUGCGAGGAAGACUUUGAAAACCUAAAACUGAUUAGCAAUGGAGCUUAUGGAGCAGUCCACCUUGUGAAACAUAAGGAUACACGGCAGAGGUUUGCUAUGAAGAAAAUUAACAAGCAGAAUCUUAUUCUAAGGAACCAAAUCCAGCAAGCAUUUGUUGAAAGAGAUAUCUUGACCUUUGCUGAGAAUCCUUUUGUUGUGAGCAUGUUCUGCUCUUUUGAGACCAAACGGCAUCUGUGUAUGGUGAUCGAAUACGUAGAAGGUGGGGAUUGUGCCACUUUACUGAAGAAUAUUGGUGCUUUGCCGGUUGAAAUGGCCCGGAUGUAUUUUGCAGAAACCGUCUUGGCUUUGGAAUAUCUGCACAAUUAUGGCAUUGUUCACCGAGACCUCAAACCAGACAAUCUUCUCAUCACUUCAAUGGGUCACAUCAAGCUGACUGAUUUUGGCCUUUCAAAGAUUGGUCUGAUGAGUCUCACCACCAAUUUAUAUGAAGGGCACAUUGAAAAAGAUGCAAGAGAAUUUCUUGACAAGCAGGUUUGUGGAACCCCAGAAUACAUCGCUCCUGAAGUGAUACUGCGGCAAGGUUAUGGGAAACCAGUGGAUUGGUGGGCUAUGGGUAUAAUCCUGUUUGAAUUUCUGGUGGGAUGCGUUCCAUUUUUUGGAGACACUCCAGAAGAACUAUUUGGACAUGUCAUUAGUGAUCAGAUAGCUUGGCCCGAUGGAGAUGAUGCAUUACCACCAGAUGCUGAGGACCUCAUCGCAAAACUAUUGAGGCAAAAUCCAUUAGAACGCCUGGGUACAGGAAGUGCCUACGAAGUUAAACAACAUCGGUUCUUCUCAGAUUUGGAUUGGAAUAGUCUUCUCCGUCAGAAGGCAGAAUUUAUACCUCAGCUUGAGUCAGAAGAUGAUACCAGUUACUUUGAUACCCGUUCUGACCGGUACCACCAUCUUGAUUCUGAUGAAGAAGAUGACACCAAUGACGAUGAACAUGUAGAAAUUAAACAGUUCUCAUCAUGUUCACCAAGAUUCAGCAAGGUUUACAGUAGCAUGGAACGACUUACAUUGCAUGAAGAGAAGAAAACACCACCCCCAAACAAGCGCAGUUUCAGUGAAGAGAAGGAGGACAGAACAGACAGGUUGGAUGGGCUCAGUGGUCUGAAGACACGAGACAGGAGCUGGAUAAUUGGUUCUCCUGAAAUUAUCAGGAAGCGCAUGUCAUUGUCAGAAUCAUCUCACACGGAGAGUGAUUCCAGCCCUCCACUAACCGUGAGGCGCCGUUGCUCAACGCUGAUAGAGAUGCCACGCUUUUCGAUAUCUGCAGACGAAGAAGGAAAGAAGCAGCAAACAACCAGAACGUGGGAAGAUGCAUCGUUAACUAUUCCAGAACAGCCGACAGAGAAAGAUCUCACUCUGCAGGUGGAUGUUAGCCCUGCCACACCUGCCUCAACAAUCAGCAAUAUCAGCAGCUCGACUUUGACUGCAGGCAGCACUUUUGACCUAACUGAUCAGAGGUCCCGUAGUAACAGUGCAGAGGCAUCAGACUCUUCAACUCCAAAAGCAAUAAGUGACCUAGCAGUCCGUCGUGCUCGACAUAGGCUACUAUCUGGAGAAUCGACCGAGAAGCGGACCUCCAGACCUGUCAAUAAAGUGAUCAAAUCAGCUUCUGCAACCGCCUUGUCCCUUAUGAUCCCUUCAGAUCAUCAUACUGGUUCUCCUUUAGCCAGCCCUAUGUCACCACGUUCUUUGUCGUCCAAUCCAUCUUCACGGGAUUCUUCACCAAGCCGAGAUUUUUCUCCUGCAGUAAGCAAUCUGAAGCCUCCAAUCAUUAUCUACAGAGCUGGGAAAAAAUAUGGUUUUACCCUUCGUGCUAUACGAGUAUACAUGGGAGAGAGUGAUAUCUUUACAGUUCACCACAUGGUUUGGCAUGUGGAGAGUGAUGGGCCUGCCCUUGAUGCUGGCCUACGUGCAGGGGACCUGAUAACCCACGUCAAUGGAGAAUCCGUCCAUGGCCUGGUGCACACAGAAGUGGUGGAGCUCAUAUUAAAGAGUGGAAACAAGGUUUCAAUAUCAACAACUCCUUUUGAGAAUACUUCAAUCAAGAUUGGGCCAGCUCGAAGAUCUUCUCACAAGUCAAAGAUGGCAAGGAGGAAUAAGAAGAGUAAAACAAAAGAUGGCCAAGAGAGUAAGAAAAGGAGCUCCCUCUUCCGAAAGAUCACAAAACAAGCAUCAUUGUUGCACACAAGUCGGAGUUUGUCCUCCCUGAAUCGAUCGCUUUCAUCUGGGGAAAGUGUACCAGGUUCACCAACACACAACCUUUCUCCUCGUUCACCAACUCAGAAUUAUAGGUCCACAGCAGAUUCUACACAUUCAGUUGCUGGAAAUUCGUCUCAGAGCAGCUCUCCCAGUUCCAGCGUACCCAAUUCUCCAGCUAGUUCUGGUCACAUCCGUCCAAGCUCUCUCCAAGGACUGGCACCCAAGUUUCAACGGCAAUACAGGUCCCCAAGGCGCAAGUCUGCAGGAAACAUACCUCUCUCACCUCUUGCUCGCACUCCGUCACCAACUCCACAACCAACCUCCCCUCAGCGCUCCCCAUCUCCUCUAUCUUCACACUCUCUGGCCAGUUCCAACGUAGCACAGUCGUUCCCAAUUAAAUUACAUUCAUCUCCACCACUGGUCAGACAGAUGUCUAGGCCCAAGAGUGCUGAACCUCCAAGAUCACCAUUAUUAAAAAGAGUCCAGUCCGCUGAAAAAUUGUCUGCCAAUCUAUCAUCUGAGAAGAAGCUGUCAUCUUCCCGGAAGCAUAGCCUGGAUAUAUCACACUCUGAAUUCAAAAAGGAAAUGUUGCAGAGAGACCCCAGUCUACAGAGUUUACAGGAAUCUGCUAAUGAAUCAUCAGGCAAUAAACGUGGGCUUGCAGAAAAGGGAACUCUGAAGCAACCUGUUGCUAGAAAAAUUGGUCGGCAGGAAUCUUCAGAAGGACUGAAGAGGGGAAAGCUAAAUGACAAACUAGUAGCAAUAAGACAUGAUAGGGCAGAAAGGAGAGAAGCUCUGCAAAAACAGGAUGCCAUUCGCGAGGUAGAUACCUCUGAAGAUGAAAGUGAUGAUGGCUCAGAAGACAGCCAGGAAGGAAAGAAGUUGCAUCGACCCAGCAUUCAAAAAGAAGAUUCCACUUUAGUUGAAACAGGUUGUUCCUCGCAUAAAGCAGAGAGUAAGGAUUCUUCAGAAGAUGACCUUGGCUCUUUCACAUCUGAGGCUAAAGACACAAAAUCUACUGAAAUGAAGUUAACUCCUCUGCCAGAUCAAAACUUUGGAAAAACCAUUUUGGGCAGCACCAUGUCACAUCAAACAGGAGAACCUUAUAAAGUGGAAUAUUGUUCAAUCAACAUAGCACAAGGAGAAAACCUUGCUGCCUCAGCCAUCCAGAAAAAUAGCCAGGCUAAAACAGAUUCCAAAGACUUAAAAGCUAUUGAAACUGAACAACGUGUAAUGGAUUGUGUCACUACAAAGAAUAAUGACUCCCCAAAGACAAUGUUAUUUCAAAAAGCCCCAGAGGAAGCAUCAAGUCAAAUGCAUCGAAAGGCAGCACCAUUCAAAAUUCAGCAAAGCAUUCAAACUGGAUUGUUUGAAUCUUGCAAGGACUAUAGCACUCCACUUAAUCAAAUGAUGCACUUAACAAAGGAUGCACAUCAAAAACUAUCAGAAGCAACGGAUAAACUAAUUGCAUGUUAUUCCCCAAUGGCUGACAAUUUGCUUUGCAAAUCGGGAUCACCUCAAACUUCAAAACAGUCCAAGAGAAUUGAAUCUCCUAAGAAGCAGUCCAUUGCAACCGAAUGCAGGGCAAAUGAUGAGGUCAAAGGGCUAAGUGGAAAUAAACAGAAAGAUCCAUUUGAAAUUGGUGAGAAACUUCUUCAGUCACAUAAUGUGAAGUGUCAGGAAGUAAUUAAGCAAACCACUGUUGAACUUGAAGGAAGAGUAAGUCAGAAUGAACGAAAAUUAAAGGAAAAUGAGGAGCUGAAGGCUAAAAUUCAACCUACAUUUAGUACGGAAAACACAGGUUCAAAAUUUUCUCCAGUUAACUUUGCAAAAACACCUUUUGUUUCGCAUUUAGCUACUGUUGCCAAAAAUGUGCUGGGUCCAGUGAAAUUAGCCAUUCCUGGGAUAACAGAGACAGAGAAGAAGAAAGAAUUGGGAUCAGAAGAUUUGACAGCCAGGAAUGACAAGCAAACAUCACAAUUUAACACAUUUCAACUUGUAACAAUGUCAAAUGUCUUGACACCCUCAUUACUGCCCAUAAUUUCAAAAUCACGGGUUGAAGAAAAGACCACAGUUUGUGGAUCACCGUCAAAGCCUAACCAAGUCACAGGAGCGUUAAGUGAUCAACGAGUAUUGCAAGACACUAUGGCAAGUCCAUUACCAACGGAACAGCACCAAUCCCGUGUGGAAAAAAAUGAGAAAGAUCAAUCUGGAAACUGUCAUUUGAAAAAUAAACAACCAGCAGACCACAAGAAAGGACAAGAUUCCCUGCUAUCACACAAAUUCACGUGAUAAUUUGAAGAAAACCUAAUUGACAGUUUCCAGUUGUACAAAAAUAGUCAUCAGCAUCUAACUUAAAACAUCUUUCUGACCUUCCUAAAAGCUGCAUGAUUGACUUUAUUUCCAGUUGGAAAAAGUAACUCAAUAAUAUGUUUGUGAAUAGUUUUGCAUAUCCUUAACACUAUAUUCAUUUAUAGGGACAAUUCUUGUGCUGCCAAAAAGCUGUUUUACUUUUGUUUAGAAGUGAGCUGACAUUGCACAAUAUUUGGUGGGGUUUUUUCCCAUACUCUCUAUUGAUAACAUCAAUUUUAAUUUUAUGUUUGACCAAUGAUCUUUUUUGAAGGUAGCAAGAUGGAUGAUAAUUCCUGUGUACACUGUGAUCCUAUGAGAAAUGCCAUAAUGAACAUGAAUGCAUCAGGACAUUUAUCUUACUUGUCACCUCUAUUUUCUACAUUUUCAUAUUCAACUGGUUUUCAUUUGUAAAAUUCCUCUAAAUAGUGCAUUUAUAGCAAAUAGUCUCUGAUGUACAGUAUAAGUACAGCACAGGUUUGCCUACAAAGCCUUGAUCAAGGCCUAUGCUUUAUAAUUUACUGGAUUCAUCAUUAUAAAGUUGCCUGAAUCCUUAGCUCUGUAAUGUAUUUUGUCACUAUGCAAAGUAAUACAUUCCUGCAGAGUGCUUCAAGGGUGUAAUGUAAUUUUUCUUUGUAUUAAUGUAUCUGAAAAAUGUAUCUUAUUUAUUGUAAAUAUAUACAUGACAGUCUUGGAUGUCUUCAUGGGUUUGUGCCACAUAGAUAUUUUGUCUUGGAGGGAUAUAGUGAAUGUGUAAUUGAAGUGCUUUCACAAAUACAGGAAAGCAUUAAAAAAAAUAAAAUGUUAGUAUUUAAUCAACAUGUAAUCACCACCACGUGUGGUGCAGUAGGGAUUUUUUUGUGUUACCGCAUGUUGGCUUUAACCCACUCCCUUUAAGUAUACAGGGCUCUUAGCACAAUACAAAUUGUGUAAAUUAAUUAAUAUACAAAACCCAUAAGUUCUCUUUUUUUUACCACUCGCUUCAUUCUUUAAAAUUUCCCAUGAUAACAAUGUAAUACAUUUUGUGUUGGGUUUCAGCUGAUGUGCAUGUUUUAUGUUUGGUGUAACUCCUCAUCUUUUCAUCUUAUAUCAUGUUUUUGUUAAUAUAUUGCACUAAUAGAACUGGAGCUUUAGCUAGCCUAACAAUCUUAGAUUGCUUCGUUUUACUAGCACCUACGUUCAGCUAAAUGUGUCAGUUAGUUAAACUGAGUAAGUUAAAAUGUCAGUGAUUAAUACUGGCUCAAUUUUAAUUGCUGUGUUUGACUUUUAUAAAAAAAACAAAUAUUGUAAAAGAUUCUGUGGACUUAAUGGCACUGUGGAACGUAUACUUACAGUGCAAGUGACUGAUUUCUUUAUUGCUAUAAUGUUUUCAUUCAAAGUUAAUGAGGAAAAUACUUGAAAUAAAAGGGUUGUGUUUACUGCCAUGAAAGAAAAAAUACUUUUUGUGUACUUCUUUGCAUGCUUCUUUGCAUGCUUUUUGCAAAUUUGAAACAAUGUCCUUGUUUUCACCAUAUUUCAUAUCCAGUUUACCAUAGAUUAGGGGUUUCCAGCCUUUUUCGUCCCGUUUACCCCUGGCAACUUUAAUAGCACAUAACAAUGUAAUUUCACAUAUUUAUGAACAACUAAUGAUGAACAGAUACCGGUAUACCAGAACCAAACGCAGUCAGUCAA